AUGGAAUACCUCCUGAGAUUUCUAUCAUCGCCCAAUAAAUGGAAAUUUUUUAAGGGACCACUUAAUGUCAUUGACUUGCUAGCCAUCUUACCAUACUAUGUCACGAUAUUCCUCACAGAAUCCAAUAAAAGUGUACUUCAGUUCCAGAAUGUUCGGCGAGUGGUACAGAUUUUCCGUAUCAUGAGGAUUCUCAGAAUUCUAAAGCUGGCGAGACACUCGACGGGCCUGCAGUCCUUAGGUUUCACGUUGAGGAGGAGCUAUAAUGAACUUGGACUUCUCAUUCUAUUCUUGGCUAUGGGUAUUAUGAUCUUUUCAAGCUUGGUCUUUUUUGCAGAAAAGGAUGAGAUUGAUACAAAAUUCAAAAGCAUUCCAGCGUCCUUUUGGUGGGCUACCAUAACAAUGACAACAGUUGGCUAUGGAGACAUCUACCCAAGAACGCUUCUUGGGAAGAUAGUAGGCGGUUUGUGUUGUAUCGCUGGAGUGUUGGUGAUAGCUCUUCCCAUUCCAAUUAUAGUAAAUAAUUUCUCAGAGUUCUACAAGGAACAAAAACGGCAGGAGAAAGCCAUCAAACGAAGAGAAGCACUCGAAAGGGCGAAAAGAAAUGGGAGCAUUGUCUCCAUGAACAUGAAAGAUGCCUUUGCUCGUAGUAUAGAACUCAUGGAUGUAGUUGUUGAGAAGACUGAUGACGUUCCAGGGAAAAAAGAUAAGGUUCAGGAUAAUCAUUUAUCUCCAAGCAAAUGGAAAUGGACCAAGAGGACCCUGUCGGAAACCAGCUCCAAUAAAUCUUUUGAUGGAAAAGAACAGGGAUCUCCUGAGAAGACUAGGUCUUGCUCUAGUCCACAAAACCUUAACGUUCAGCAGUUAGAGGAUAUGUAUAACAAAAUGGCAAAAACACAAUCACAGCCUAUACUUACUUCAAAAGAGUCCAAUCCGUCUGGUAAACCACCAGAGGAACUUGAAAUGGAGACAAUUCCUGGGCCUACGAUCCCACUGUUAGCAACUCACAAGGAGGGCAUCAUUGACAUGAGGAGCAUGUCCAGCAUAGACAGUUUCAUUAGCUGUACGGCUGAAUUUCCAGAAUCUGUAAGGUCUUCACACAGUCCAUUUGCAAUUCUUCCAUAUAAAACUAAUAAAUAUGCCGGGAAGGAUCCUUCUCGUGAUCCUAGAGAUGGUCGAGAUAGGCCGCUGUCCUUGGAUGUUAGUGGAGAGAGCUUUACUGAAAUUUACCCCAAAGCUGAUGGAAGUCGCCGUUCUACAUUUAUUUUAGAAAGUCCAAAAAGCUUAGUGAAGGUCAAAAACCCUUUGAUGUUAAGGUCCCUAAAAGUCAACUUUAUGGAAGGCGAUGGUGGUAACGUCCUACCCACCACCAACGUACUGAGUCCUUCAGGACGCAGAGACGUUCACUCUAAGCUUGACAGUUCUUUUUAUUCUGACCAGUCAAUAAGAAGUCCGGAAACUUCAUUGUACACGACAGCCAGCGCUCGAACACCCUCCAAGUCUCCGGAAAAACACAUGGCAAUAGCUUUCACUUUUCACGAUGCUAAUGUAAAUAAAUACAUUGACGCAGACACAGACGAUGAGGGUCAGCUACUUGAUGGUUUGGAAUCCUGUCCUUCCAAAGAAUUGCUGGGCAGCCUGAGCCCAAAAUACAACAUCGCCAACAGUGGUCAUAGAAAGCAAAGAGAUGCCGUCCACAGAACGGAAAAGAAUCACCUGGAAAGUAUUGCUUUAUCAACUUCUUCGAAGUUCUUUGGUCAAAACUGCAUUUACUCCGCAGAAGGUAUUACUGGAAAAAGUCAGGGAAACCUGGAAACUGUCAAGGUAGAAAAUCACAUCUCACCUGAGGUUCACGUGCUACCGGGAGGGAGAGGACAUUCAAAUACAUACGACCCCAGUAUUUGA